AUGAGUUCCGCGGGGCGCCCCGCCUCCGUCCGAGGCCUGUACACCCCGCCGCCGGAAGAAUGGGUCUUCCUCCCGCCAACGGUGCAGCCGCCCAACACGUCGGCGCCGCAGCCGCCGCCGCACCUCCCCGCCCCGUCGCCCUUUGGCCCCGACGACGCGGACGACGAGGACUUGGGUCUGCCGGGCGGCGUGCAGCUCAUCGGUGCGCAGUUCUUCGUCGCUGCCCUCGGCAUGCCGUUCGAGGUCGGAAAGACGCUACUCCAGGUCGAAUACCGCCCUCGUCGGAAGUAUCGUUCGCUCGAGGACCCGCCCGAUGUCCCUCCGCCCGUCGAGGACGAGUCGGUGUCGCAUCCGGACGAUGCGGACCUGUACUUCAGCGACCGGCUCGAGGCGCCUUCGUCUACUUUCAUCCCCCCUCCUCCCCCAACCUCGCACUCCAAAGACGGCUAUCUCCGUGACGCCCACCCCUCCUGGCAGCUGAAGGACGACCCCGACGUGUCGCGGAGUAACGGCGUGUGGGGCAUGAUCCGGCGGAUCCGGGCGACGCCGUCCGAGGGCCUGCCCGGCCUGUGGAAGGGCACGCUGCUAACCACAGCCCACGGGUGCCUCACAACAGUGCUGCAGCCGUACAUCCACGCGCUCCUGUGCUGGAUCCCGGGCGCGCCCCCGCUCUCGCUCGACUUCCCGCUCACGGCGCUGCCCAACCCGGGUCUCCCGUUUGCGCUGUCCGUCGCCUCGUCGGCGAUCACGGGCCUGAUCCUGAGUCCGAUCGAGCUGAUCCGCACCAGGCUCAUAGUGCAGCCGGGCUCGCACCCGAGCACCAAAAGCUCCAUUGCGCUGGUACGCGACGCGAUCCGGGACGAAGGGGGCCUGCUGGGUCUGUGGACGGCCGCGAACGUCCUCCUCCCCGCCCUGCUCGAGGUCACGCUGCGCCCGGCGCUGACGGCCGCGAUCCCCCUGAUCAUCGAGCGAUACAUGCGAGUCUCGCCUGACCUCUCGCCCAUCGCGUACUCCGCGCUCGACCUGGGUCUCAAUCUCGGCUCGCUCCUCGUCCUCCUCCCCCUCGAGACGGUGAGGAAGAGGCUCCAGAUCCAGCCCCGCGGCAACGGCCGCACGAUCAAGAGCGUCGUCGCGACCCGGGAUACGCCCUAUGUCGGCAUCGUGGAGUGUAUCUACCGUGUUGUGACGGAGGAGACGGCGCGGCCAAGGAAGCGCAUCAUGCAGGAGCAGGAUGAGGGGGGUCUGCUCGCUGGUGUCGGGCAGCUUUAUCGCGGUUUGGGCAUGGCGGUUGCCACGCAUGUCUCUGUGUUUGGGCUCGGGCUGGUCACUAUGGGGCUCGGCGGGGGCGGCGUCGAGCAGGGGUGGAAGGAGUUCUAG